AUGAACACCCAGGGCGAGGGCGGUUCCACCAAGAACUUCUACAUGGCCGUCCGUAACUUCAACAUCGACACGACGCGAGUUCCCAAGGAAGUGCCGGCCAAAGCCAUCGAAUGGUCCGUCUCACAGGGCUGUAGCCUGACAAACGUUCAUAUCAAGAUGGCGCCGUCUUCGGGCCAUGUCGGCGUCACCAUGGACGAGGGCGGCUCCGGCAAGAUCAUCUCGGACUGCUCCUUCACAGACGGGGCCAUCGGUAUCCUGCUCGCGAACCAGCAGUACAUGCUGAAGGGGCUCAAGUUUGACGGCUGCAACGUCGGCAUUUUCAUCCAGCGGUCCUUCGUCUCGACGAUCCAAGGGUGCAGCUUUACGAACUGCAACUAUGGCGUUGAUAUGGGCGCGGCUAAUAGCAGCGGCGCGCUGUCCAUUGUCGACUCUUCUGUUUCGCGGUGCAACGCAGGCGUCAAUGCCUAUGUGAGCGGGUACGGUGAGGGUUCGCUUGUCCUGGACAACUUUGCCGUCAGCGACGCCGUGGCCGUGGUAUCCUCCAGUGGCUCGACGCUGCGUCAAGGGUCAGUUCCUGCAGGCCAGGUCUGGGUGAUGGGGAAUACCCAAGUCGUCAGCGUGAAAGACGACCCCGAGCACCCGGUGUACGGCGACAGCACAUACCGCACCACCACGACGAUCCACGUCCCCCCAGGUUCGCGCCUCACCGGCGAAGUAUUCAGCACCAUCUCCGGCUCCGGCGCGCACUUCUCUGACGCGACCAACCCGCAACUCAUCCUGCGCCUCGGCCACCCGAACGACCGCGGGAUCACCCACCUCACCGACCUCCUCGUCACCGUCGCCACGCCCCUCCCCGGCGCGAUCCUCACCCAGAUCCACACCGCCGGCACCCGGCCCGGCGACGUCGGCAUCUGGAACAGCGUGUUCCGCGUCGGCGGGGCCGCCGACACGGACGUGAGCACGGCGUGCGGGGCGCGCGACGUAAGCGGCUGCCGCGCCGCGCACACCCUGCUGCAUGUGGCGGGGUCUGCGUCGGCGUACCUCGAGGAUGUGUGGGGGUGGGUGGCGGACCAUCGGCUGGAUGGGGCGUCGGCGUCGGAGCCGCCACAGAAUAUUGCGGUGGGGAGGGGGGUGUUGGUGGAGAGUGAUGGUGGGAGGGGGGAGGGAGCGGGGGGCGUGUGGUUGGUGGGCACGUCGUUUGAGCAUUGUGUGCUGUAUCAGUAUGCGUUGCGCGGGGCGAAGGCGGUGUAUCUCGGGCAGCAUCAGACGGAGAGCCCGUAUUGGCAGGGGAGGGGGACGCCGUUGAGGGCGCCGGAGCCGUGGGUGGUGGAUGGGCGGUUUGGGGAUCCGGGGUUUGAGGGGUGCGAUGAGGGGGAUGAUAUGUGUCGGCGGGCUUGGGGGCUAUAUGUGGAUGGGGUCGAGGAUGUGGUGAUUCAUGGGUCGGCUAUGUGGAGCUUCUACGGCGGCAUGACGGAUGGGUUGUGGAGUGACCCACAGUGUGGGCUUACGGGUGGCAUAUGUCAGACGAAUAUGGCGUAUGUGAAGGGGGCGAAGGGGAUGUGGUGGUUCACGGCGAGCAGCAAGGCGACGGAGAACCUGGUGGUUGAUGUCGAGGGUGGGUCGGAAGGGAAUGGGAGCGUGGUUGUUACGUCGAUGAAGGAUCACCCGGGGAGCUGGGGAGCGGUGAUGGCUGCGUACUUGAGAAAUAUAGGCCGUGAUGGUGAUGGUGGAGAUGGAGAUGGAGAUGGGGAUGGGGGUGGGGAUAAGGGUGAGGAUUCAGGGGCAGGAGGAGCCGUUGUGUCGGGGUUAGGGUUGAUAUUAACAAUCCUGGGAAUUCUGUCUGGCUUGAUGUUGUUCGGAUGA